UUCAGCCACCCAGCUAGCGAGCCAUGGCAUCCUCCUCUUCUUCCUCCGUUGCCGUCGCGGCUGCUCUGCUCCUCUGCAUCCUCGCCGCCCACGGCCCUGGCUGCUCCGCCAAGCACAGCAGCAAGAGCCACCACUCUCCUCCGCACGCCCACGCGCCGCCGCACGCUCCUCAUCCCACGCCUUCCCCGGUCACCGAACCGCCGCCCUACGUCCAGCCCCCUCCUCUUUCUCCCCCGGCAACCACCCCACCGCCAUGCGCGCCGGCUCCUCCUGCUCCGGUCGUCACCAAUCCACCGCCCUAUGUUGCCCCUACUCCUCCGUCCCCGGCAGCCAAUUCUAGCGCCAAUGGCACCAAUGCCGACACCGGUGGUUGGCUCGACGCCAGGGCGACAUGGUACGGAGCGCCCACCGGUGCCGGGCCCGACGACGACGGCGGUGCGUGCGGGUUCAAGAAUGUCAGCCUGCCGCCUUUCUCCGCCAUGACCUCCUGCGGCAACGAGCCGCUCUUCAAGGACGGCAAGGGCUGCGGCUCCUGCUACCAGAUCCGGUGCGUGGCCCAGAACCACCCGGCCUGCUCCGGCGUGCCGGAGACGGUGAUCAUCACGGACAUGAACUACUACCCGGUCUCCCGCUACCACUUCGACCUCAGCGGCACCGCCUUCGGCGCCAUGGCGGUGCCGGGCCGGAACGACCAGCUCCGCCACGCCGGCAUCAUCGACAUGCAGUUCAAGAGGGUGCCGUGCCAGUACCCUGGCCUCACGGUGACGUUCCACGUCCAGCACGGGUCGAACCCAUACUACCUCGCGAUCCUAGUGGAGUACGAGAACGGCGACGGCGAUGUGGACCAGGUGGACAUCAUGGAGUCACGGCCGGACCCCUCCGCCGGAACCGAGGACGGGAUGGCACCGACGGGGGAGUGGGUGCCGAUGAAGGAGUCGUGGGGAUCCAUAUGGCGGAUGGACACCCGGCGCCCCUUGCAGGGCCCCUUCUCGCUGCGCAUCACCAACGAGUCUGGGAAGACUCUCGUCGCCGACCAGGUCAUCCCUGCCGACUGGGCGCCCAACGAAAUCUAUAGCUCCAUCAUCCAGUUCGACUGAUUGAUUAAUUAGAUGAUUGUGGUGACCAUAUAUAUAUCCAGAUUAUAAUGUUGGUGAGGAUGAUGCAUGUGAGAUUGUGUGUGUACUGGCUCUGUGAGACGUCGCUUGUGACGUCCGGUGCGUGUCGUUGUCGGUUGUGUACUCGCAUCUUGUGGUUAUACAUGUAUUCCUAUCUGUAUCUAUGUAUCAUUAUCGCUAAA